GGGUCCCAGUGUACAAAGCCGUACUGGUUGACCGGGCCCACCCGUUGUCAUCCCUUGUUGACCUGGGCCACUUCGGAGAAUAAGACCUGCUCAAAUCUGCCACAGGCUUGGAAAUAUCAAAAUGACGAGUCCCGACUCGCAGACAGAGGACCUGGAUGCCAAGUUUCUUCAGCUCAUCACAGUCCAUGAUCGCGAUUUCCAGAGAUAUUCCAUCGAACACAAAAUCUAUUUUCAGCCGGUGGACGAUGAUGAAGUGGAACGUCUCGAACUUCAACACCAAAUCUUCAAUAAGGCAUUUGACGACCGGCUCAUCUUCCCACCCCUGCCGAGCGACAACCCCGAAAGGAUUCUCGAUUGCGGCCACGGUACAGGAGCUUGGGCGGUCGAAGUAGCGGAGCAAUAUCCACAAUGCGAGGUCGGGCCACAUACAUCACCUUCGACACUCAGUUUCGCUAACCACUGUGUGAAGGUCAUUGGGGUCGACAUAUCGCCCCAGAUGAGCCCUGAUUAUGCUCCGGACAAUCUAUGGUUUCAGGUCGACGAUCUGAAUCGCCCCUUUACCUUUCCGUCGAAUCAUUUCGAUCUCGUUCAUUCGAGGAUGCAAGCGACAGGCAUUGACCGAGCCAGAUGGCUGUCUUAUAUUUGGGAUAUCAAGAGAGUUCUGAAGCCGGGUGGCUGGGUCCAGAUGGUGGAGAUGUACUUCAAUGUGCAAUCAGACAAUGGGUCCCUCACCGAGGAUCAUGCGUUGAGACAAUGGAGCACCAAGUUCAUGCAGUCGUUGAAUGAUACAAAGGACCUUCGUGUAGGAACGCGCUUGAGAGACCUUAUGGUGGCAGCAGGACUGGACCAGGUGGACGCAAAAAUGAUCCCUCUUCCUCUCUCUGGGUGGUCCAGUGAUCCAAGAGCACGGGACAUAGGUGCAGCCAACCUCGAAUGUACCAAACAGCUGCUAUCAGCAUUGGCGUUGUAUCCGAUGACUCAACGUCUGAGAAUGCCUUAUGACGAGUUUCAGCGAAUGAUUUCCAGAGCACAGGAAGAAGCAGGAAGACCGGGCCUGAAAGCCUACUUUCCACUGUAUGUUUGUAUUGGGAGAAAGCCUCGGUAGACAUUCGGGGCUUCAGCCGUGACGUUUGUCAAUGAUUCUGCUCUGGUCCGGAGCUGGUCUCAAACCGCUUGUUGUACUCGACUUUCCAUGGACGGACUGGUCAUGAGGGGCGAGCCUUCGCUGUUCGCUCAGACAAAUUGAUACUGGUUCUAGAUAAGCAGUUGAAUUGAAGACUCGAAAUUGAAUCCGCC